AGUAGUCCUGUGCCUGCUGCGGAGCUACACACCCAACCGCGACAGUAGGGAGUCAGAGAACACGAGGAGAAUUAAAGAAAUUACUACAUGUCCUAAAGGAAAGGUAAUCGUUUAACGGAUUAAAUAUUCCGACUGGAGCUUGUGGUGUAUUGCGUGAAGACACGGGGCAUUUAUAAAUUACUCUUCGUAGCCUUCAUGAGGUUGACUGCGCAGCGUUUGGCGUGCUACUCUGUGUUUGAUAAAUAUUCCUAAUAGAGGUGCUUUUUACUGUCCCUGCUACACAAAAGAACUGGACAUAUCAAGGAGAGUGAUUGGAGCCAGAAAGCAUGGAAUAGACUGUCAGUGAAAGAGUGGACAAGAAAUUAGCCCUUUUUUCUCUUGGAAAUCGUUCGUAAGUUCUGCUUCCGUCCAACUGUUCCUACUGUGGACUCUGAAAGCAGCCCAAGAUGUCUGUUCCGAAUGUUCUAGCCAAGGCCCUCUACGACAAUGUGGCGGAGUCUCCAGACGAGCUGUCCUUCCGCAAGGGGGACAUCAUGACGGUGCUGGAGCGCGACACGCAGGGCCUGGACGGGUGGUGGCUCUGCUCGCUGCACGGCCGCCAGGGCAUCGUCCCCGGCAACCGCCUCAAGAUCCUGGUGGGCAUGUACGACAAGCAGCAGCAGCCGGCGGGGCAAGGCGGGCAGCAGCAGCAGCUGGCCAUGCCCACGUCACAGGCCGGCCCGGGGGGGCUCAACCAGCUGGGCGUCACUGCCCAGGCCUACGCCAAGCCGCCGCCGGGGUCGCAGUACACGGCCAUGCACCCGGCGCCCGCCAACUCGGACAGCAUCUACAUGCUGCCACCCAACCACGGCAAGCCCGCGCUCUCCAGCGUCUACCAGGUGCCCCUGGGCCCCCAGGCGCCACCCAAGGCCCCCAUGCUGGCACAGAAGCAGUACUUGGCCAAGGACAUCUACCAGGUGCCCCCGUCCAUAGGCGGGCUGGCGCAGCAGGAUAUCUACCAGGUGCCCCUGUCGGCCGUGGGUCAGGGCAUGGGGCAGGACAUUUACCAGGUGCCCCCGUCGGCAGGGGGGCCAGGCAUAGGGCAGGACAUUUAUCAGGUGCCCCCUUCCAUGAACCCCUCUCAGGACAUCUACCAGAUCCCCCCCUCGCUGGAGAAGAGGAACUGGGACCCCUCCAAGCCCAUGGGGAAGGUGGUGGUGCCCACCCGCGUUGGCCAGGUGUACGUGUACGACACGGUGAAGGGGGAGCAGGACGAGUACGACGUGCCCCCGCGCCACAUGCCCCCAGGAUCCCAGGACAUCUACGACGUGCCACCCACCCGUGCCCAGUACCAUCAGCAGCAGGUGUAUGACACUCCCCCCAUGGCAGUGAAGGGCCCCCCCAGUAAAGAAGGUGGUCAGGACAUCUACGACACACCACCCAGUGUUGUGGACAAGCAGACAGUGUAUGACUUCCCGCCCUCGGUCAGUAAGGACGUGCCGGACAGCCCCAUGAGGGACGAGACGUACGACGUGCCGCCCCACUUUGCCAAAAUGAAGGCCCUGGACGGCCACGGCUACCUGCCCGCGGGCCCCGAGCCCCUCAUCCCCGAGGACGUGUACGACGUGCCCCCGGCCAUGAUGGGCAAGCGCCAACCUCGGGACGGGCAGGAGAUCUACGACAUCCCCGCCAGCCUGCGCAAGGGCGGGCCGCCCGGCGAGCCCCUGCCGGCCGUCCCUCAGCCGGCGCAUGACGUCUACGACUUCCCCCGCGAGCGGAGCGAGGACCAGAACGAGUACGUGUACGACGUGCCCCCGCAGGUGGUGCGCGACGCGGCCGGUGGCGGCGGCGUCGGCGGUGCCAGCGACGAGCAGCUGGCGCUCAACUUCAAGCGUCUGUCGGCGUCCAGCACGGGCAGCACGCGCAGCAACCUCUCCACGUCCUCGCUGGACACGGUGCCCGUGCGCGACGGCGCCCCGGCGUCCCACGCCGCGCGCCCGCUGGUGCUGGACCUGGAGCAGGCCAUGGAGCGGCUGCAGCGGCUGCAGCAGGCGGUGGAGGGCGCCGUGGCGGCGCUCAUCGCCUACGUCAGCGGCAACUGGCGCAGCGCGGCGCAGAUGGAGGCCAACCUGCCCGGCCUGCGCCAGGCCACCGACCGGGCGCGCGCCGCCGUCCGCGACUUCCUGGAGUUCGCCCGCGGCGCCGUGGCCAACGCCGCCCAGGCCACCGACCGCUCGCUGCAGGCCAAGCUGGGCCGCCAGGUGCAGAAGAUGGAGGAGGCCUUCCAGACGCUGGUCAAGCACGGCCAGGCCCUGGACGCCAUCGGCUGGUCGCCCGCCAAGCUGGUGGCCGGGGCGGUGCCCACGACGCCCGGCGGCCAGGGCGACGACCUGGACCGGCUGGUGAUGUGCGCGCGGGGCGUCCCCGACGACGCCAAGCAGCUGGCGUCCUUCCUGCACGGCAACGCCUCCCUGCUCUUCAAACGGACAAACAAGCUGCAGCAGCAGCAGCUGCCCCUGCCGCCGCUGCCCCACUGCGCCGCCGACAACAACAACGUCUCGGCCUAUCAGACGGGCACGCCCGAGCGCGCCAACAUCCAGUCGCGCCCGCUGCCCUCCCCGCCCAAGUUCACCGCCGAGGAGGAGUCGCCCGACCGGCCUUACGAGACCACCGAGGAGGGCUGGAUGGAAGACUACGACUACGUGCAUUUACAGGGUAAAGAGGAGUUUGAAAAGAAUCAGCGGCAAUUAUUAGAGAAAGGGAAUAUUACGAGACACAACAAAACUCAGCUGGAACAGCAACAGCUGAAGCAGUUUGAGCGGCUGGAGCACGAGGUGACUCAGCCGAUCAACCACGACCUCAGCGGCUGGACCCCGGCGGCGCCGCACCCCUCGGGCGGCCCGCGCAGCAAGCUGAGCGCCGGCGACCACCAGCUGCUGCUGUUCUACGCCGAGCAGUGCGAGGCCAACAUCACCACGCUCACCAAUGCCGUGGACGCCUUCUUCGGCUCGGUGGGCGGCAACCAGCCGCCCAAGAUCUUCGUGGCGCACAGCAAGUUCGUCAUCCUCAGCGCGCACAAGCUGGUGUUCAUCGGCGACACGCUGUCGCGGCAGGCCAAGUCGCCCGAGGUGCGCGCGCGCGUGGCCCAGCACAGCAACGCGCUGUGCGACAAGCUCAAGGACAUCGUGCUGAGCACCAAGACGGCGGCGCUGCAGUACCCGUCGCCGGGGGCCGCCCGCGAGAUGACCGAGCGCGUGCGCGAGCUCACCGGCUUCACCCAGCAGUUCCGCAUGGCGCUCAACCAGCUGGUGGCCAUGUGAAGACUUCGCUUGGGGGACGGACGAACGGACGGACAGACGGACGCUCUCAAGGCUGGUGGAGAACUCCUGGACUUGUUGGGUGAAGGGAGUGGACAGAGACACAGUACAGGCCCCCCGUAGGUCUGAACUCUUCUCCCGAGCCCCUUUGAGAGCCCACCAUGUCCACGGUGCUCGUCUGCGUUUAUAAUUCUUUUUUUUUAAAUCCCGUAAGAAAGGACAGCGGACUGUCUGACUGACCCAGGGGUCAGUGGUUGUAAAUUAAUUAUUGUAAAUAUUUAAGUAUACG